CUGCCGGUGCGGCACCGCUACGCGCUGUGCCGGUGCGGCCGCGGCCCCGCCAUGUUGCUGCUGCUGCUGCGGAGAGCCGCCCCCGCCGCCGCUGCUCCCGCCGCUUGCCGCUGGGCCUCCGCAUGGCUCCAGGGCGCCGCGCACCGCGGGCUCCCGGCCGCCUGCCGCCGCCGGGCCACCCUGCCCGCCGCCGGGCCCCAGCAGGUUACGUCUUUUCAAGGAGUGGCUGUUCGCAGCCUCAGCACAUCCUCCCCUCAUGAACACCCAGAACACGGAAGAUUAGUUUAUAAAGGAAAUUUGGCAAAGACAGUGUUAGGUGUGAGGUUUUUCUCUUACUCCACCAGCAUAUUCAACCUGUUCAUGAUGCCCUACAUCAUGCUCAAAAGUGGUAUUGGAGUGGAAAGUCUGCUUAUGCAAGCUGCCUUUUAUGGGAUGAUCGGGUUUUUUACAUUUGUAACUCCAGUAACUUUGCAUGUCCUUACAAAAGGUUAUGUGAUCCGACUCUAUUACAAAGAUGAAAAGGACACCUAUACAGCCAUUACCUACAAUGCCAUCUUGGCAGAAAAAGCAACUGUUUUCCAUCAGAAAGAUGUAAAGAUUCCAGACAUCACCAAGAUGUUUACGACAUUUUAUGCUAAAACAAAAUCAAUGCUUGUUAAUCCGACACUUUUUCCAAAUCCUCAGGACUAUAACCAUCUCAUGGGCUAUGACAAAUCCCCGCUUUUUAAGUUAGAGGAGUUAAAGGAAGCUGAUGAAAGGAAAUAAUUUGAAGAUAAUGAAUGUCAGUGUCAUUGUUCUUAAUGCAGUGCUGUGUAUGUAAAAGAAUGUAAAAUUCUAUUACACUUUCUUAAGUCAGGUAGCUGGAGUUUUCCAAAUGCAUUUUGGAAUCUAUUAAAAAGACCCUUUUUUUUUAAUAUUAUGAACAAUGUGACGGUUUCUUCAGAGUUAAUGACAUAAAAUAUAGUAAAAAAAGGUGCUUAGGUCUGUCUUGCACUUAUUUAUUCUUGGCUUGAUUUUUAUUGUUAGAUCUCCAGAGAACUCUAAAAUGCAUGAGCUGUGUGGCAGUCUCACCAGCUCCGUGUCAAAGGAAACCAUUUGUAAGAGAAAAAUGAUCAAUAGUCAUUACCUAUGAAGUAUGUAGUUAAUCUCCUAAGCCUUAAGUAUUGUACUUAAUCCAAAAUCAUCGGGCUUUUUUGUCAAUGCUGUUGCUGGUGUAAAGGGAGUGGAGAUGGCUUUUCCUUCCCUUUGUGAGACCGUGGGAGGAGUCUUUGGAAAGCAGACAGGUAUUCUUGCUAGUUCCUGCUACAGCCUCCUCCUGGAGGAGAAAAGAUAGGGAGAAUGGCUGCAUCACAGUAAUCUCUGGGUACUCACAGCUACUAAAUGGUUUCUUAAGGUGGAGUCCCACUCCGAGCAGCCCUGUCCCCAGAGGUGGAGAGCAAGAAGCCUCUCUUUGGUUGGGCUGGGGAAAGCACCUUGGCAUCAGGUUUGCUCUGGGAAUAUCCCAUCAAGAACAGGUGCUGUGUUUGAACUGACUCAAAGAAAAUUCUGGCAGCUAGUGGUUAAGUUGGAUUCUGUCAGCAUUUAUGUAAGGUGGGGAAGCAAAAUAGAGUAUCCUAUAGAAUACUGUUUAGAUCUUGUGCCUUUAAAAAACAUACCUUUUGAUUUUCAGUACUGCAAAGAAAGCCACCUCUAGUUCAACUGAACAGAGGAUCAGAUCUUUUUGUGUGACUAGACUGGUUCUGCAUGCCUGAGAUGCAGAAGCUGGAUUUAAAUAUUUUAGCCCAAGGCACAUAAACUGACAGAUACUUGUUUUCAAAUAAUGAAGGGCCUAAAUAUUUU